AUGGAGGCGUGGAUGGCUUUCUCUGCAUCUGGCUGCAGGAAUGAUGACUCCUCCGAUCUGGACUCCCCAAUAGUGAUAUAUUGCUUCCUAUUGGAGAGGUAUGAGCUGUUUCAGAGCUGUUCAAGCGACAGCAGUGUGCUCUCUGAGACGUUGCAGGAGGAGGAUAAAGCAGAACUGAGAUCUAAGAGGAGGAGGAUGUGUUCUACGGAGGAUAAAGCAGAACUGAGAUCUAAGAGGAGGAGGAUGUGUUCUACGGAGUCUAAAGCAGAACUGAGAUCUAAGAGGAGGAGGAUGUGUUCUACGGAGGAUAAAGCAGAACUGAGAUCUAAGAGGAGGAUGGUGUGUUCUACGGAGGCUAAAGCAGAACUGAGAUCUAAGAGGAGGAGGAUGUGUUCUACGGAGUCUAAAGCAGAACUGAGAUCUAAGAGGAGGAUGGUGUGUUCUACGGAGUCUAAAGCAGAACUGAGAUCUAAGAGGAGGAGGAUGUGUUCUACGGAGUCUAAAGCAGAACUGAGAUCUAAGAGGAGGAGGAUGUGUUCUACGGAGUCUAAAGCAGAACUGAUAUCUAAGAGGAGGAGGAUGUGUUCUACGGAGUCUAAAGCAGAACUGAGAUCUAAGAGGAGGGGGAUGUGUUCUACGGAGUCUAAAGCAGAACUGAGAUCUAAGAGGAGGGGGAUGUGUUCUACGGAGUCUAAAGCAGAACUGAGAUCUAAGAGGAGGAGGAUGUGUUCUACGGAGUCUAAAGCAGAACUGAGAUCUAAGAGGAGGAGGAUGUGUUCUACGGAGUCUAAAGCAGAACUGAGAUCUAAGAGGAGGAGGAUGUGUUCUACGGAGUCUAAAGCAGAACUGAGAUCUAAGAGGAGGAUGAUGUGUUCUACGGAGUCUAAAGCAGAACUGAGAUCUAAGAGGAGGAGGAUGUGUUCUACGGAGUCUAAAGCAGAACUGAGAUCUAAGAGGAGGAGGAUGUGUUCUACGGAGUCUAAAGCAGAACUGAGAUCUAAGAGGAGGAGGAUGUGUUCUACGGAGUCUAAAGCAGAACUGAGAUCUAAGAGGAGGAGGAUGCAGGUAGAUCCAAAACCAGCAGCUAUCAGUAUGUCGGUGGUAACUUUAACCAGAGUUCUAUCGGUGCUGUGCAAGGCACACACACACACUCUAACGGCCAUGCCCCAGAGAUACUCCUACCAGAAGAGGAAAGCCAGCACGGCAGCAGCUCGGAGGAUGGAGAGGCGAGGCAGGGACUCUGGGAAGACCAACAACACCAACACUAGCCACAGCCACCGCUCCAAGAAGCUAGCCAUGCUCUCCAGGUCCCUGAUCCUCUGUCACUCCAGGGCCAGUGAUGACUGCCCCAGCCCCGAAGAGAGACCGCCAGGGGGGGGCUGGGAGGGAGACGGGGGCUUGGGGAGAGAUGGGAAGGGGGACAGGGAGGUGGAGAGGUCCCGGAAGAAGAUCCAGGAAGGACCCCAGGAGAGUGGAGGAACUAUGCAGGCAUCUACACAGCCACCUGUAGGGGCCACCAACACACUCAGGGCUACAGGAGAACACAAGAGGAAUAUGAGGAGGUCCUUCAGUAUCAAGCCCGUUCCCCGUCCCUCUCGCUCUCUUAGUUCCGCCCAUCUGGUCCACUCCUGCAGUAACGUCCAAGCCUUCAUCAUCUGUAACAUCGUGCUGAUGAAGGGCCAUGGCAAGGGUCUGGGGUUCAGCAUUGUGGGGGGCAGGGACAGCAUGUACGGACCCAUGGGUAUCUACGUCAAGACCAUCUUCGCUGGAGGGGCCGCGGCUGCAGAUGGCAGACUACAGGAGGGGGAUGAGAUCCUGGAGUUGAAUGGAGAGUCUCUACAUGGACUAACUCAUGAGGAUGCACUACAGAGAUUCAAACAGAUAAAGAAGGGUCUGUUGACUCUGGUGGUGAGGACCAGCCUGCGUGUCGGCGCCCUCUGUGGCCAGGCAGCGGUAGCACAGCUGUGUCGAUCUCGCUCUCUCAGCUCCAGUACUGGCAUGGCCAGGGUCAGCACUGAUAUGGGGGACUACAAUUACCUCAGUGGUGUCACCGCAGCCAACACAUACACCAACACCAACACCGUACCUCAGCCGCCUUUGGCCAAACCCCGAGAUCGUGUCAUGAUGGAGAUCACCUUGCACAAAGAGGCUGGUGUGGGGCUGGGCAUUGGGCUGUGUUGCGUGCCGUCUGGAGAUGGUUGCCGUGGCGUCUAUAUCCACACCCUGUCCCCUGGGUCGGUGGCACACAUGGACAGUAGACUCAGAUGUGGAGAUGAGAUUAUGGAGAUCAACAACACAGUGGUGUACAACAUGGUACUGAACGAUGUGUACACGGUUCUGAGUCAGUGCUCCCCCGGGCCAGUCCAGAUCAUCAUCAGUCGACACCCCGACCCCAAAGUGUCAGAGCAGCAGCUGAACGAUGCCAUAGCCCAGGCUGUAGAGACCAGCCAACUAAAGCAGGACGCCAGUCAGUGGAGUAUAGAAGGCCUGCGUAGGUCUGACCCCUGCUCCCACUCCAGAGGGAAGUGUGAGCGCUGUGUGGCGAGGAACUUCAGCCAACUGACUGCCCGGCGAGCCCAGAAGAACAUGACCCGCUCCUGUAGUGACAGCAACACAUACAACCAGAACCACCAUCAUAACCAUCAGCACAACCGCUGCCCCGGACCAGGAACCGACCUGGUUAAUGGUCAAACCCUGACUAUACCCAACCACAACCACAACAUGCACCAUAAUCUGAUGGAAAGGGUCCACAGCCUCGACAUCCCCAUGGGGUCCACGCCUGAGCCCUGGUGUGAUAACAGACUGUCUGCAUUGGUCUACCCUGUCCCUGAUGACGACUACAACGUCCCCUACAACUCCCCAGCAGCCAACCUCUCCAGCCAGCGCACGUUAGACCUGGCCACAAGGGGAAAUAAGAACAGGCCCAAAGCCCUGGCACCUCCAAGGAGGUACUGCCGACACCAGGACGUCACUAGUGAGGAGGGGGCCCCUGGGGGCCUGCCAGACUCCAAUGUUUCCAGUAGAGGCUCCCCUGUUAGAGAGGACGGAUGGAGUCCCACACAUACAAACUGUCAGGAAGUAGAGAGUGAGAGAGAAAGAGAGAGAGAACACUCAGGGGGAAGUGGAGAGACUCUGACUCACUCAGAGGCUCGCUCUGCUGCCAUCACUGACUGCCCUCGAUCCUCAUCCUGCACAGAAGACAGACUACACACAGGUGCUGAAUCUGCCUUCCACCUCUGCUCCCAGAGUAAGAGGCCGGGCCUGAGGAGGCAGGGCCGCGUGGAGCAGCUCCCCCCAGAAAAGCUUCACGACCCCUGGGUUAGGAUCUCCGACAGCGCCCCUGAUCUUGGAGGUCCUGAAGACCCCCAUCAGAACCAGAGUCUGACUCAUCCGAGCACACACCGUCACAACACACACUCCCACAGUAGCACACACCAACAACAAACACACCAUCUCAGCUCACACCACGACGCCACACACACUCCAUCCCAAACCGACAGACAACCAAACGACACACACUCCCCAGUCGCCAUGAGCCAACCGAGUGAGUUUCCUGAGCUUCCUGAACUUAACUGUACUUCCACCCACCACACCGCCCCAGACCCCACCACCCCCUCCACCCCUGCCUCCCUAAUCUCCACCCCUAGCCCAAGGACUGAGGACCCCCCAGGGAUGAGGAAGGGCCCCCCAGUUGCCCCCAAGCCUGUGUGGAACCGUCAGAGCCUCAGGAGUAUUAGGAAUGGGAGGCCCCAGGCUGAGCUGGCCAAACUCCUGGACAUCAGAGGCGCUGGAACCACCUUCGGGGUACGUCUGCGACCCACCUCCUCUGCAGCCCAGCUGUCAAUCAAGCAGAAGAUCCAUUCAUUUGAGACCUUCUCUAGUCCUGAGGGUAAGGGUGAGGAGACAGAGGGCAACAACAGGAGGCCCCUAGCCCCCUCCACUUCCCUCCCUCUGAAGGACAAGGCACCCGUCAGGAGGGACCCCCCUCUCUUAGAGGAGAAUGGCACAAUUCAACAUGACAUGGGCAAAGGAGCCAAAGUGACCUCUCCAAUCCCUGACGAGGACAAGUACAGGAGGAUGUCCUCUGUUCCCCCUGCAGCCUCUCCUCACUCCAUCCUUCCGCCUUCUCCUGCCUCCCACCCUUCUCCUCCUACCUGCUUUUCUCUUCUUCCGACCCCCCUCCUUGCCUCGGAGCUCCAGACCCCAGUGGAAGAGACAACAGGCCUCAAUGCAGAGAUCUCUGACUCGCCAUCCCCCGAGGACAUCACCACCACCCCAUCCACCCUAGAGGCACCUCUCCCCGAGGCCGAACCAGAAACAGAGCCCCUGGAUGGGGCUGUAGAGGCCUCCAUCUCCCCCUCCGGCCCGGUGCCCAGGAGGUCCAGCAGCUCCAAGGGAGAGAGCUUUGGUCCACUACAACCACCAGAGGAGGGGGAGGGAGACCAGAGCCAUGCCCAGGUUCAGGGCAAGCAGGCCAGCCUGCGGACACGUAGCCUGCCCCUGCCUGCCUCUCCCUCCCCGGAUGGGUCAACAACUCUAAGAGGACUGGAGGGAGAGAGCCUGGGGAAGAUACUUUCCUUCAGUAACCAGGUUUCCCAUGCCUUGAUGCGUUCCAUGCACUCCCUGCUCCCCUCCCCCUGUCCUACUAGGCCAGGUAACCCCGGGUCAGACCCACACCCUGCAUCCCCUCUAGUCUGCAGCCCGGAGGAGCCCGACCCGGCCCAGAACACCCCCCUCUCCCCUGGCCCCGACAGCAAUGAGAAUAGCUUCUCUGUCAGCCUAUCUGAUCUGAGGCAGUGUACCAUUGAGCGGGGGGAGGAGGGAGGGGACCUGGUCUCACGCCCAUCUCCGUCAGCAUGUGCCCACUCUGUUAUCUCAGCCAUCCCUCCACAGGAAAUACAGACCAUGAUCCAGGAAGUGAAAGCUCUGGAUGAGGAAACACUGAAGCAAUUUGAGCACAUCCAAGUGGUGAUUCUGCACAAGGAGGAAGGAGCAGGUCUGGGUUUCAGCAUUGCAGGUGGGAUAGACCUGGAGAGCAAGGCCACCACAGUACAUCGUGUUUUCCCCCACGGCCUGGCGGCUCAAGAGGGGACCGUGGAGAAGGGUGACGAGGUGCUGUCCAUCAACGGCCAGACACUAAGGGGUGCGACACACGCUGACGCCACCGCCACGCUGCGCCAGGCCCGCACCAUGAGACUGGCCGUGGUGGUGGUGAGCAAGGGGAGAGAGGGAGGAGGAGGGAACAAGACUGAUGAUUCCUCUGUCAGCAUGGAGGAUGGGGGAGCCAUGCUGACUGUGGAGCUGGAGACAGGAGGAGGGGGUGUGGGCUUCAGUUUGGAUGGAGGGAAAGGCUCUAUCCAUGGAGACAGGCCUCUGGUCAUCAACAGGAUCUUUAAAGGUACAAGCGGGUUGCAGUCUGGUGAUGAGCUGCUGCAGGUCCAGAGCACCUCCCUCCAGGAGCUGAGCCGCUUCGAGGCCUGGAACAUCGUCAAGGCUCUGCCUGAGGGGCAUAUCACUCUAGUCAUCAGGAGGAGGAAGGAGGAUGAGGCAGAAGGGUCUGCCUGAGGGACAUCUCACUGUAGUUAACAGGAGGAGGAAGGAGGAGGAUACUGAGGAGUUACCCUUAGACACUGAUUUCAGGUUAGUUUACACUGUUUAUACUUAAUUGAUUUCCAGAUACAAUAGGUCCCUGACUACCUACGGAGGUAGUCAGAAAGAUCUGAUCACAAUUACACUUCUUUAAAAAUGUGGGCACAAUCAGAGUGUGGACAAGAUCAGGACAAAGGACUCAUGUUAGCACCAGCUAUAAACGGGGCUAUUGAUUCUCAAGAUUUGGCCACGUAUUGAUUGUGGCCACAUUUGUAGACAGGAGUCCGCAAUUAAAAUACCUAUUGUGAUUGGAUUGUGAUCAGAUCUUCCUGAUCACCACCGGAGGUAGUCAGGCACACAUGUUGUCUGGAUAUCUUCCAAGUGUAGACGGAUGUGGACAGGGAAACCAUUUAAAUCAUCAUUAUCCCUCUAAAAUCAUUGACAGGUGGCGCCAUCGUCUUAUGGCAUCAAUAUGAGUCUUUAAAUAAAGAAAAUACAUAUUAUUUUGAAAGAAUAUCUGUCGAAUAAUUUGCAUACAGGGAGGGACCAGUAAAUUUUGGUCACAAUGCGGACACAGCGGACAGAUAAGAGACACAUUUUAAUACAAGGUGUAGAUGCAACGGCAAAAAUGUGGCCGCUAUCAUAAUGUGGACAACGGCCUCGAUUCAAUCCGUAUCGCUGAAGUUUAGCGUUAUAGCGUGAUUGAAAAUGAAAGGUAAUUUCCGAUUGAACCGACUUAUGAAUUUACCGUGAAUGCAGUCUCCGCAAACACAGGAACAUUGCCUUUAUAUUUCAAUCACGUUGAAGUGCUACGGAUUGAAUAGAGCCCGAGAUCAGAGUUAGCAUCAGGUAUAAACAGGGCCAACUAGAACACAAAUCAACCACAAGCCAUCAUACCAUUUCAUAUGAGCACUAUUAACAUACUGUAGUUAUGAAUAUAAUAUCUAUAUUCUAUAUCAAAUCAUAUUGCAAUGACAAUCAGGGACUGUUACUGUAGAGAGAGGUGAGUUUACAGGUGCUUUGCUCUGACUGCCUUCCUACACCCAGAACUUCUAGACCAGGGACCACAUUGAGUUUGAGAUUUGCACAGAUAUACAGUAUUUACAUGAAGGAAGGGAGAGACAUUCCAUUGCUUUUGACUGUUAGAAAUAGUGUACAAUACUGUAAUGUAGUCCAAAAGAGUAUGAUACUCAUACAAAAUAUUUAAAAUGGGAUUUGCAUUUUUCAUGGAAUUGUAGUAUUGUGCUUGAUGUUGGAAUCAUUAUUUAGACCAAAGACUAUGAGUUGGAUUCAAUCCAUAUCGCGGAAGAUCAGCAUCAAAAGGUAAAGUUAAUUUCCAUGAAUGCAGUCUCCGCGAACGCGGGAACAUUGCCUUUAAUUGUCAAUCGCCCUAUAAAGCGGAUCUUCAGAGCUACGGAUUUAAUAGAGUCCUUAGUUCCUUUAUUAGAUGACAAUGGGAAAAUCUCAAUUGCAUACUGCUCGCGUCCUCCCUCCUUCUCAAAACCCAUUGGAUGAGAAAACCAGAGGUCCCGCCCCUCUGACCUUCUCCUCCAAUUGGUUUUGAGGAGGCCAGGCGAGAGGAGUAUCUAAUUGAGAUUCUCCCUAUGGGUGAAACCAAAGACAUAACUAAACCAGAGCAAAUUUUCACCUUGUUUUCUCUCCUAGUUUGAUAUUAAGGAAAACACGGUGUGAACAUUUUGUACCAAAAUCCAUUAGAAUAUAGAUAUUUAAAACUCUGUAUAUCGGUACUAAAGCUUUAUCGCAAUAUACAUUAUACUAAUAAAAUAA